AUGGGACAAUUUCGCGUGGCCUUGAUGGUCAUUUUAUUCGUGAACUCGCUGCUAUUUACGUCCAUGGUUUCGGCGGAGGAGGAAACUCAAGUUCCCGAGAUUGCUGGUGAGCCGGAAAAUUCCCAGGAGAUGCAAGAAGAAGAUGAUCCCCAAGAAAACUCAAUUUCCGAAACAUCCCAGACUGGAGAACAAUCCUCCCAACAAUCCUCAACUUCCGAGGCAGUCAAUACCUUUGAUUAUUUCUAUGAUGAGGAAGAUUACAAACCAGUCCUGAAUGAGGUGGAUGUUUCGAUUUUAGAGGAUAAUUGCCUGCAAGGAGAAUGCCACGAUUUCGUUUACGACAAUCCCGGUGAAGUGGUUUACUUCACAAAGAAACCAGCCAUACGUUUCACCUCCAAUACCACCUAUGUCUUUAAGAAGCCACAAACCUUUGAGGUUUUGAAAUUCCUUCAAUCGCGAUUCGUCAAUUUCCCCUUGAAUUUAUUUUACACGCUGAAAAUUGAGGAGCUCGAUAUGCGGAAUUGUUCCAUCGGCCAUCUAACCUGGGAAAAUUUCCUAAAAGCCGAAAGUCUUAGCAUUCUGCUGCUUUCGAAUAAUCGCCUAAAGGAAAUUCCGCCAAGUACCUUUAAAAUGGCCGAAAAUCUGGCCUUCCUCUUCUUGGAUAACAAUGAAAUCCGACAGCUCCACAAAGAUUCAUUUCAGGAUAUGAAAAAGCUGUUUAUGUUGGAUUUACAUGACAAUCAAAUCGCCAAUUUGCCCAAAGGCAUCUUCGAUUCCCUGACAACAUUGCAGGAAUUAAAUCUGGCCGGCAAUCACUUGAGGAUAAUUGAAAAUACCGUUUUCCUGCAAAAUCCUCGCCUCCGACGCCUCCAUUUAGAUCACAAUAACCUCGAACAGCUUGAGGAAUAUUUUUUGCAGUCGCAAAAGGACAUGGAUUUCCUGGAUUUAUCCCACAAUCCAAUGCUACAAAACCUGGUUGCAAAUCUCCAUGUAGAUCAUUUGUGGGUCCGCAAUUGUUCGAUAAAUCGUGUAAAUAUCUAUGGCAAAGUUCAUCAUGUUGAUCUACAAUCAAAUUCAAUAUUGGAAUUAUAUUUUUCACGGCCAGAUACCUUGAAAACUUUACGCCUCAGCGAUAAUUCUCUACAGCAAAUUUCCUCGCUAAGUCAGGCCACAAAUCUGGAAUAUUUUGAUGUCUCAAAUAAUCCGCAUUUGAAAACUUUACCAGAAUAUUGGGAAACAGAUUCGCUGCAGACACUGGAUUUGAGUAAUACCAGUCUCACUGCAAUACCCAUUGCCAUACUAUCUGCCUCAGAACGUCUCAAGACUCUCAAUGUUUCCCAUAAUCGCCUGACUCACCUCGAUCCCGAUCAAUUUCGUUAUUUCCAAAAUCUCAAUCAUUUCUAUUUGCAUGGCAACAAUUGGAACUGUUACAGCCUUCAAAUUAUGAUGGAUAUGCUAAUACGGCCCUGGCAAAUUAGCUACACCAUGGAUGAAUAUGACCCUGAAUAUCCGGGAGAAUAUAUAGGCGGCAUUAAAUGUAUGUAUCGUCUAAGAGAUCCAAAUUCUGAAGAGGAGGAAAAUUCUGAGAAUGUUCUACAAGAUAAUAUUGCCCUGAAUGGCCUUGCUGCUCGCCUGAGUAAAGCCAUACAAGAUGAUGAGGACAUUAUGAUGUCCUCAGAUUCUUCGCAAGAUUCAGCAAGUGAUGUGGAUAUUUUGCGGAAUGAGUUCAAGGCCGUCAUUGGGAUUUAUGAACAAAAAUUCAAGGUUCUUCUACAGAAAAUCGAUGAAUUGGAUAGACGUCUGAAGGUUUUCGAGCAAUUUAAUAAAAAUCUACAACAAAUUACCAUUACUGUAUAA